ACACGUGGUGUUGUGCUUGCCAGAGAUUGGAGCACGUGUUUUCUCGUGGAGGCACAUCUUGACAAUAAAUAUAUACUGAUGGCGGAUCCUCCUCCAUUCGAUCCGCGUGGGCAAAGCACAGCAGCUUCGAUACUCUUCUCGCUGCUUCCAUACCCACAUGGCCGCGGCCGCCGCCACCGCCUCCGCCUCCGCCGAGCAGCACCCGCAUCCACUCCAAGGUCGGGUGGCCAUAGUGACGGGAUCCUCCCGCGGCAUAGGCCGGGCCAUAGUCCUUCAUCUAGCAUCGCUUGGGGCCAAGGUGGUCGUCAACUACACGGCCAAUUCGGCUCAAGCCGAUGCUGUAGCCGCUGAGAUAAAUUCGUCUGCUCCUGGAUCCGCCAUCGUGGUUAGAGCCGAUGUUUCUGAGCCAAGCCACGUGAAGUUGCUCUUCGACGCGGCUGAAGCGGCCUUUGCCUCGCCGGUCCACAUCCUUGUCAACUCUGCUGCGAUUGCGGACCCGACCUACUCCUCCUUGCCUGACAUUUCGGUCGAGGAUUUUGACAGAAUCUUCAGAGUGAACACAAGGGGGGCGUUCCUCUGCUGCAAAGAGGCUGCGAAUCGGCUAAAGCGCGGUGGAGGGGGCCGAAUAAUACUCCUAUCCUCCUCUCUGGUGGCGUCCCUGAAGCCAAACAAUGGCGCGUACACGGCUUCGAAGGCAGCCGUGCAGGCUAUGAUCAAGAUCCUCGCCAAGGAGCUCAAGGGCACCCAGAUCACUGCCAACUGCGUGGCCCCAGGACCGAUCGGAACUGAGAUGCUCUUCGCAGGGAGGUCACAGGAGGAAAUCCAGAGGAUGAUCGACAUGUGCCCGCUCGGCCGGCUCGGCGAAACACGAGAUGUUGCUCCAGUCGUCGGGUUUUUGGCAUCAGAUGCCAGUGAAUGGAUUAAUGGUCAGAUAAUAACUGUUAACGGUGGUUAUGUAUAGGAAUCUCCACCGAGUAUGUAUUGGAAAACCGAAUGGACUGACAUAUUGAUUACAUAUAAUAAAUGUAACGAUAAAAUUACACAUUUGAUCCUUUUAACUUU